UUGAAUCUGAUAAGUCAGUAUCCGGUGUUUGUGUCAGAUCCUGGAGGUGCGGAUACCGCCCGGGGUCACUGGGGGGAGAAAUUCUGAAUCAUCUGAAGAAGUAUUUGGGAAUUAUGGCUGCAAAAUGAAGGAAAGUUUUCAAACUGUGGUUACUGGACACCUGUAAAAUGCCACACAGAAGGUGCCUUAAAAAUGUCGCCGAGAAAAAAGUUGUUUUAAAUCAAGCAAAAAAAACAUUUACAUGUUCUGAAUGUGGGAAAUGUUUCACACAAAAAGGACAACUUACUACCCAUGAGAGAAUUCACACAGGAGAGAAACCAUUUCCAUGUUCUCAAUGUGGGAAAUGUUUCACCCAAAAGGGACAUCUAGCUAACCAUCAAAGAGUUCACACAGGAGAGAAACCUUUUUCCUGCUCUCAAUGUGGGAAAUCUUUCACCCAAAAGGGACAACUAGCAAAUCAUGAAAGAGUUCACACAGGAGAGAAACCAUUUCCAUGCUAUGAUUGUGGGAAACAUUUUACUACAAGAGGCGAAUUAACUCUCCAUGAGAAAAGUCACACUGGAGAAAAACUGUUUGAAUGUGCAGAGUGUGGGAAAUGUUUCAGCCAAAAGGGCCAUCUUGCAAAUCAUGCAAGAAUUCAUACAGGAGAGAAACCAUUUCCAUGUUCUGAAUGUGGGAAAAGUUUUACAACAAAGGGGGAACUAACCAGACAUGAAAGAAUUCACACAGGUGAGAAGCCAUUCUCAUGUUCUAAAUGUGGGAAAUGUUUUACUACAAAGGGAGAACUAAAUAGACACACAAGGAUUCACACAGGAGAUAAACCAUUUGCGUGUUCUGAAUGUGAGAAACGGUUUACACAAAAGGAAAAACUAAAGCGACAUGAAAAAACUCAUACAGGGGAAAAACCAUUUGCUUGUUUGAAAUGUGGGAAGCGAUUUAUCCAAAAAGUAUUGCUAAUUAGACAUGAUAGAAUUCACUCUGGAGAGAAGCCAUUUGUAUGUUGUAAAUGUAUGAAACAGUUUACUGAAAAGAGUGCAUUGACUAGACAUGAAAGGAUUCACACUGGAGAAAAACCAUUUGCAUGUUCUGAGUGUGAGAAAUCUUUUUUCCAAAAGAAUCAACUAACGCGACAUGAAAGAACUCAUACAGGGGAAAAACCUUUUGCUUGUUUCAAAUGUGGAAGAUGUUUUGUUCAAAAAGGUCUACUAAUUCGACAUGAUAGAAUUCACACCGGAGAAAAGCCAUUUGCCUGUUGCAUAUGUUGGAAGCAAUUUCCAGAAAAAGGCUCGCUAUCUAGACAUGAAAGAAUUCACAGAGGAGACAAACCAUUUGCAUGCUCUGAAUGUGGGAAAUGUUUUAUCACUAAGGGAGAGCUAACUCGACAUGAAAUAAGUCAUAUAUGAGAGAAUCCUGUCCUUUGACAUGGUCUGAAUGUGGAAAAUGGUUAAGACAGUAGUAACUAGACAAAAAUAUUUGUAAGCUGAAAAAACAUUUAGAAUUGUAAGAGUUUUUUUUUUUUUUUAGCAAUUUUUAAAUAAAUUUUAAUAUGGGAGUUGUGACGGUCCGCUGGCACUCCGACCGAGUACCUCCGCCAAUGGAUGCUCCUAGCGCUUGCUGAGGACUCCAACCGACACCAUCAGCACUGCAGACCCCAUUUCCAGCAAUGCAGCUGCGCUGGGGUCUCGCCGUCUUUCACCCACCCUGGAUCUAAGGCCAGGAUCCAGCUUCCAGUGGGAAGGCCUCUCUUCCUCCAGAGAGCGUAGCAGGAACAAGAACAGCUCAUAAAAAUGCUUACCUUGGGGAGUAUAGUGUGAAUAUAGCAAUCCCCAGAGUAUAGUUAUCCCAUCCCCCAAGCAUAAGCCAAGGCUUCAAGAAACGGUCAAGUAGUUAUUUUUAAUGGCAGCAAAGGGCUUUCUUUUAUGCAAGUUUUUACACACAAAGUACCACCCACAGGGGUUUGAAGAACAACCAAUAAAACACGUACUAUGCAGUAAAACACUCCCAUUCAUUUCCACAAAAUCCUCCCCUCUGUCUAUGAUAUAAUUACUGUACACAAUGGGUUAAUGUAAUUAUCACAGGCAGGAAAAAUAUACUUUUUACUAUAACUUUAAAAGUAUACAUCCAAUCUCCAUAAAAAAGCACAUAUAUAUUACUCAGCAUACUUCAAAUACAAACAUACUCAAAAUUCAGGAAAUUCCCUCCAGGGGUUAAAAAGUUAGUCGGAAGUCCUUUGUGACCGACCGCAAGCACAUUUUCCUGCCCAAAACAGUUCCAUAGUUUUGGGCUGCGCGGUCGGUCAAUUUCCAUCAGAAAAAUGACUAAGUCCUAUUCACAUGCACGAACGGG